AUGGCAGCCCGAGUGCUUGUAAUUGGCAGUGGAGGAAGAGAACAUACUUUGGCCUGGAAACUUGCACAGUCUCAUCAUGUGAAGCAAGUGUUGGUCGCCCCAGGAAAUGCAGGCACUGCCUGCUCUGCAAAGAUUUCAAAUGCUGCCAUCUCAGUCAGCGAUCACACUGCCCUUGCCAGGUUCUGCAGAGAAGAGAAAAUUGAAUUCGUAGUUGUCGGACCAGAAGCACCCCUGGCAGCUGGAAUUGUUGGAAACCUGACAGCCGCAGGUGUGCGAUGCUUUGGCCCUACAUCAGAAGCAGCUCAGUUAGAAUCCAGCAAAAGAUUUGCCAAAGAGUUUAUGGAUAGACAUGGAAUACCAACUGCCAAAUGGAGAGCUUUCACCAAACCUGAGGAAGCCUGCAGCUUCAUCAUGAGUGCAGACUUCCCUGCUUUGGUUGUGAAAGCUAGUGGUCUUGCUGCUGGGAAAGGGGUGAUUGUUGCAAAGAGCAAAGAAGAGGCGUGCAGAGCUGUACGGGAGAUCAUGCAGGACAAAGCUUUUGGAGCAGCUGGAGAAACAGUUGUCAUUGAAGAACUUCUUGAAGGAGAAGAAGUAUCUUGUCUGUGUUUCACAGAUGGAAGAACUGUGGCCCCGAUGCCCCCAGCUCAGGACCAUAAGCGAUUGCUGGAGGGAGAUCUCGGCCCUAAUACAGGGGGCAUGGGAGCCUAUUGUCCAGCACCUCAGGUUUCUAAAGAUUUGUUACUAAAAAUUAAGAAUACCAUUCUUCAGAGAACAGUGGAUGGCAUGCAGCAGGAGGAUAUUCCAUACAGAGGUGUUCUCUAUGCUGGUAUAAUGCUGACCCAGGAUGGCCCCAAGGUUCUGGAGUUUAAUUGUCGUUUUGGUGACCCAGAGUGCCAAGUCAUCCUUCCACUUCUUAAAAGCGAUCUCUAUGACGUGAUCCAGUCCACCUUAGAUAGCCAGCUGUGCACAGCACUGCCUGUUUGGCUAGAAAACCAUGCUGCCGUCACUGUGGUCAUGGCAAGUAAAGGUUAUCCUGGGGACUACACUACAGGCGUGGAGAUCACAGGGGUUCCUGAGGCUCAGGGUUUGGGAUUGGAGGUCUUCCAAGCAGGCACUGCCCUGAAAGAUGGCAAAGUGGUGACUAGUGGAGGUAGAGUCCUUACAGUAACAGCCAUCAGGGAAAAUCUCUUGUCAGCACUCGAAGAAGCCAAGAAGGGGCUGGCUGCAAUAAAAUUUGAAGGAGCCAUUUAUAGGAAGGACAUUGGCCAUCGUGCCAUCACUUUCUUCCAGCAGUCCAGAGGUCUGACCUACAAGGAAGCUGGUGUGGAUAUUGCAGCUGGCAAUAUGCUGGUCAAGAAAAUUAAACCUCUAGCAAAAGCCACCUCCAGACUGGGCUGUGAAGUUGAUCUUGGUGGUUUUGCUGGUCUUUUUGAUUUGAAAGCAGCUGGUUUCAAAGAUCCUCUUCUGGCCUCAGGGACAGAUGGUGUUGGAACUAAACUAAAGAUUGCCCAGUUGUGCAAUAAACAUGAUACUGUUGGUCAAGAUCUGGUUGCAAUGUGUGUAAAUGACAUUCUGGCACAAGGAGCAGAGCCCCUCUUCUUCCUUGACUACUUUUCCUGUGGAAAACUCAACCUCGAUGUAACGGAGGCAGUUGUUGCUGGUAUCGCUAAAGCUUGUGGAAAAGCUGGAUGUGCUCUCCUUGGCGGUGAAACUGCCGAGAUGCCUGACAUGUAUCCUCCUGGAGAGUAUGACUUAGCUGGUUUUGCUGUCGGUGCUGUGGAACGGGAUCAGAAACUUCCUCACUUGGACAAAAUCAUGGAAGGGGAUGUGGUUAUCGGGGUAGCUUCGUCUGGUCUCCAUAGUAAUGGAUUUAGUCUUGUGAGAAAAAUUGUGGAAAAAUCUUCCCUCCAUUAUUCCUCUCCAGCACCUGAUGGAUGUGGUGACCAGACUUUAGGGCAAUUACUUCUAACUCCAACCAGAAUCUAUAGCCAGACACUAUUACCUGUCCUACGUUCAGGACAUGUCAAGGCCUAUGCCCACAUUACUGGAGGUGGAUUGCUAGAAAACAUUCCCAGGGUCCUCCCUCAGAAAUUUGGAGUGGAUUUAGAUGCCCGGGCCUGGAAGAUCCCCCGGAUCUUCUCAUGGUUGCAGCAUCAAGGGAAUCUUUCUGAAGAAGAGAUGGCCAGAACAUUUAACUGUGGGAUAGGGGCCGCCCUCGUGGUAUCCAAGGAUCUAGCAGAGCAGAUUCUUGAGAGUAUUCAGCGGCACAAGGAAGAAGCCUGGGUGAUUGGCAGUGUGGUUGAAUGUCUUGCAGAUUCCUCUCGUGUGAGAGUCCAACAUCUGAUUGAAAGCAUACACAUAAAUGGAUCAGUGUUCAAGAAUGGCUUCUUGGAAAAUCAUUUUUCUGUCCAACCAAAAAGGGCUAGAGUGGCCGUCUUAAUAUCUGGAACAGGAUCAAAUCUUCAAGCACUCAUCGACAGUACUCGCGACCCAAACAGCUCUGCUCGUAUUGUUGUUGUCAUCUCCAACAAAGCUGCAGUGGCUGGCUUGGAUAAAGCAGAAAGAGCAGACAUUCCCACCCGAGUAAUAAACCAUAAACUAUAUAAAAAGCGUGAAGAAUUUGACAAUGCAGUCGACCAAAUCCUUGAAGAGUUCACCGUAGACAUAGUCUGUCUUGCAGGAUUCAUGAGAAUUUUGUCUGGCCCUUUUGUCAGAAAAUGGAAUGGGAAAAUGCUCAACAUCCAUCCAUCGUUACUGCCUUCUUUUAAGGGUGCAAAUGCCCAUGAACAAGCCCUAGAAUCUGGCGUCACAGUCACUGGCUGCACUGUACACUUUGUGGCUGAAGACGUAGAUGCUGGACAGAUUAUAUUACAAGAAGCUGUCUCAGUGAAGAGGGGUGAUACUGUUGCAACACUGUCUGAAAGAGUGAAAGUGGCAGAACAUAAAAUAUUUCCUGCAGCCCUCCAGCUGUUGGCCAGUGGAGCUAUCCAGCUUGGAGAAAAUGGCAAGAUCUGUUGGAUCAAAGAGGAAUGA